AUGCUGAUUGGUCAUUUCACCGAACAGCCCUGGCAGGAUGAAAGUUCCGGGCUCAUGGGCACCCAGAGCGUUGACCUGGGUAUUUCCAAUAGCCACUACCGUCCCGAGGUCGGCGCCCAGCUCUACAACCGCUACCUCGAUGAGAAAGUUUACGCCGAGGAAAUGGGCUUCGACGCCGUGAUGCUCAACGAGCACCACUCCACACCCUUCUGUAUGCAGGGUGUUACCAACGUCGGCGCCUCCAUCCUGGCCCGCAUCACCAACAAGGUCAAAAUCAUCAUCCUGGGCAACGUGCUCCCCAUCUGGGACGACCCCCUGUGGUUGGCCGAGCAGCUGUCCAUGAUCGACAUGAUCUCCCACGGUCGGCUGGUGUCCGGUUUCGUCCGCGGCGGUGGUCGUGAGAGCUGGUCCCAUAACUCUCCGCCCCACUUCAACCGCGAACGGUUCGAAGAGGCCCACGACCUCAUCAUCAAGGCCUGGACCGAUCCCGGCCCGUUCCGCUGGGAGGGCAAGCACUUCCACUACCGGUACGUGAACCCCUGGGCGCGCCCGCUGCAGGAGCCGCACCCGCAGGUCUGGAUCCCGUCCACCGUGUCGGUCGAGACCGUCAAGUGGUGCGCCGAGAAGCGCUAUCCGCUGGUGUUGCUGGCCACCAAGCUGGAGCCCACCCGCGAAGCGUUCCAGCUGUACCACGACAUCGCCGCCGAGAAUGGUUACGAGUCGGGCACCCAGAACGUAGCCUACCUGUGGAAGGUGCACGUCGACGAGACCGAGGAGAAGGCGGAAGAAGUCGCGCGGAAAUACCUGUCCGGCGUCAGCAACCCCUUCCUGGCCGGCAACGAGGGCGGCAUCAACCCCGCCAUCAUGAGCCUGCCCGGCCACACGUCCCGCAACUCCCGCCGCCUGUCCGCCUCGGCCUUCGGCCCCGCCGGACGCUUCGGCACCAACCGGCGGCCCUACGAAGACCAGGUGGCCGAUAGCACCAUCAUCGCCGGAACCCCCAAGACGGUUAUCCCCAAGAUCCGUGAGGUUCUGGAAUACCUGCGGCCCGGUAGCGUGUUCUUCUGGGACGGCGACGGCGCCAUGACCCACGAUGACCAGAUGCGCAGCCUUCGCCUGAUGGGCGAAGAAGUCAUCCCCGCUGUCCGCGAGAUGGGCAAGGAGCUGGAGCUCUACUCCCCAUUCGAAGUGGACGCCAGGACCAACCGGCCCAUCGUGGACGCCUCUGCGACCGCCACCAUCACCGCCGACUAA